AUGGUGGAACUGACUGUGCCAUGGGAGACGAGGUCUGAAUCAGAACACGAAAGGAAGAAGUAUAAGUAUGCAGAGUUGACAGAGGAGCCUGGCAGAAAAGGCUGGCAGGCGUGGAACUGUCCUGUGGAAGUAGGCUGCAGAGGAUUCCCGACUCAAACAUGCUGGAGGAUGCUCGGAGUCCCCGACAUCACUGGGAGACAGAAUGGGGUGAAGGGAAUGAAUGAGCAGAGGAGGGGGCGAGAUGGGGAAGGAGAGGAGGAUGAGAAGGAGGAAAAGAGGUGGAGAGGAAAUGGAACACGUAACUUUGAGGUUAUUCAGUCACAAAGAGGACUUUAA